AUGGCUAUCGACGAGAACGAGGUUGCGAGAGCUCCGACGGAGCAAACGCCUCUUCUGCGCGAUGCCGACCCCGCCAAUGCCGGCUCGUCUGAUGGAGAGUCACCGGCGACCGAGGAGGUCAGCACCAAGGAAUUGAUCAUUAUUCUGGGCAGUAUUUGGGUUGGAGUUUUCCUAGCGGCACUUGAUACAACGAUUGUCGCGACACUUUCUGCCCCGAUUUCUUCCUCUUUCAACUCUUUUUCUUUGCUUUCGUGGCUGGCCACUUCAUACCUGAUUUCAAAUGCUGCUUGUCAACCCCUUAGCGGCCGCCUGACGGACAUUUAUUCGCGUCGCUGGGGAUUGGUUUUCUCGAAUAUCUUCUUCGCACUGGGCAACCUGAUCUGCGGUCUGGCAAACACUGAGGGCACGAUAAUCCUUGGCCGUGUUGUCGCGGGUAUUGGAGGAGGUGGUCUCACAGCUAUCUCGACCUUUGUGACAUCGGACCUGGUUCCCCUUCGGAAACGAGGCAUCUGGCAAGGUAUCGGCAACAUCUGCUAUGGAGCUGGAAGCGGACUUGGAGGUGUGUUCGGUGGCUGGAUCAAUGAUACACUGGGAUGGCGCUGGGCAUUCUUACUUCAGAUCCCCUUCCUGUUGAUCUCAUGCAUUUUGGUCGCGUUCAAGGUCAACAUUCCAGUGAAGGAUUCGGACAAGGCCCGGAUUAAGCGUGUUGACUUCCUUGGUGCCAUCACCCUGGUGCUGACGCUUGUUACACUGCUGCUGGGCUUGAACACCGGUGGAAACCAGGUGCCAUGGACUCACCCCAUUGUUCUUACAUCUUUACCACUUUCUGCGGUUUUUCUGGCCCUGUUUAUCUACGUGGAAGCUCGGGUUGCCUCGGAGCCCAUUAUACCCGUGAAACUCCUUUUGGAUCGCACGGUCGCAGCGGCUUGUCUGACGAACUGGUUCACCACGAUGACAGUCUUUGGCCUGCUGUUCUAUCUUCCCCUGUACUUCCAGGUGCAGGGAAUGUCGGCCACUGCCGCCGGAGUUCGUUUAAUUCCGCAAGCAAUUGGCACGUCUAUUGGCUCCCUGGGCUGUGGGUUCAUCAUGCGAUCUACUGGUCGAUAUGGGCUACUGAACUGUGCUGUCAUGGCCCUGCAGGUGGUGGCGGUUGGGUUGGUCUGUACCUUGAACUUCUCCACCCCUUCAUGGCUCCCUUUCCUCUACUUCUUCCUACUCGGAGCCUCGUAUGGCAGUAUGCUCACCAUCACGCUCGUUGCUCUUAUCUCUGCCGUGGAUCAUGAGCAUCAUGCGGUGGUUACAUCGGCAUCGUAUGCUUUCCGUAGCACAGGCAGUACGGUUGGAAUCACGAUUGCAUCGGCCGUAUUCCAGAACACUUUCAAAGUUGGGUUGUGGUCUCGCUUUGGUGACCGCAAACAUGCGGCCGACCUUAUUUCAAAGCUGCGAGAUAGUAUCGAUGAGAUCAGAAAACUUCCCCAAGACUGGAUCCCAGGUGUGCUGGAUGCGUAUAUGAAUUCUCUGCGGGCGGUCUUCUUAACUUUGUUGGGGUUGACUGUGUUGGGAGCCUUGGCUAGUCUAGCCAUGCGCGAGCACAAGUUGCACAACAAUCUCUCUCGGCGCUGA